GAUGGGUAACGUGUGUUGUUGUAUCCAAGUUGAGGAACGUACAGUAGGUUUUACGAAGAGGUUUGGAAGGUUUGACAGAACUCUUCAACCUGGGUGUCAUUUUGUUCCAUGGAUUUGCGGAUAUCAGCUUGCCGGGAAGCUGUCACUCCAAUGGCAGAGUUUGCUUGUGAAAUGCAGAACAAAAACCAAGGACGAUGAGUUUGUCAAUGUUGUUGCAUAUGUGGAAUACCGAGCCCUCCCAAACAGAGCAUAUGAUGCCUUUUAUAGUCUCAGCAAUCCGAGGAGUCAUAUCCAGGUUAAAGCGAUCACUGUGAUCGGAGCUAUGGUUACUGCGCGAAACUUGGAUGAAGUUUUUCAGCAGCAGGAUGUAAUUUCGCAAGUUGUUGUAAAAGAACUCCAACAGGCUAUGUUUAACUAUGGAUAUGAUAUUGAGCGAGUCCUAAUCAUUAACAUUAAACUGGAUGAGUGUAUCGAGCAAGCUAUGAUCGAAAAAAAUGCUGCAAUCAAGAAGGCUAAAAUCAAGAGAGCUGAAGGCGAGGCUAAGUUCAAGAAUGUUGUGGAUGGUGUAAGACAGAGUGUGCUUGGCUUCCAAGAGAGCGUCCCAGGAGCAAGUGCAAAGGAUGUCAUGGACGCGGUGCUCACGGCUAAAUACCUCGACACCACGAAGGAAAUAUGUGCAUCAUCAAAAUCUGAUGUCAUAUUCAUUCCCCCUGGUGCAAGAGUUGAAGUGGGCAUCCAUAUCUGAUGGUGUAUUUGCCUAUGUUUUACUUGUAAGGGAAGUGAUUCGUGGCUCCAUCGAGUCACCUCGUUUUAUGACUUCGAAAGGAACUCUAUGUGCGACCUUACAAUCAGAUCCAUUGGGACCAAACUAGAUAUUUAUGUGCUAAAGUAAUUCUUUUUCACUUGUGUGGUAA